AUGCCACCCAAGACGCCACUUGACCAGUUACCAUCGGCCUGCGAGGAGUUGAAGAGGGAGCUGCUCAAAGAUGGAGGCAGCAUCACGGGUGAAGUAAUCGCAGGUGUCGAACGCUCCCUGAGGUCUCGGGCCUUCAGCAGCCUCAACACCGUGCUGAAGAGCUCGCACUCGGAGAAGUACGUGGAGUACGGCAAGCUCGGAGGCGACGAGGAGCGUCGCGAGUGGCUUGCGGCAUUCAUCGUGGGCCCGAAGUCGGGCGGUUCGAUCAUGAGGAACGAGACUUCCAGGUCGUCCUCUUUCAUCGAGAAGGGCGAGCACGCGUGGAUGACGAUCGAGGAGUACGGGGGGCCAAUGGGGAUCAACAGUCCUGCACACGACGCCUGGGAGAAGCGGAGGACCGAGUCGGCCACGCUCACGACCCAGGCAGAGGUGCCAGAGGAUUCCGUCGAAGACAUCAAGAGUAUGAUGGAGAACCAUGGCUCGGUGGUCGUCCCGCAGGUGCAGCCCCCGUCGAAGAAGCGCCGCAAGGGCAAUGAGGCAGGCUCGGGCUCAGCAGCUGGCUCUGCUGGCGGAGGCGCUCCAGAGAAGACCCUGACCGAGGACGAGAAGAAGACGCUCGAGGACGAGAAAACCCUGGCCGAAGCUGAGAGCAACUUCAAGGACGCGAUCAAGAGGGCCAAGGUCCAGUACGACAAGGUGCAGAGGGAGCUCGGAGAGGUCAACGUCAUCGAGGACCGCAUGGCCGCGAAGACUUCCUGGGGUGAAGGGCCGCUGAACUAUCUGAGGUCGCAGACGCAAGUGCAGAAGGAUAACAAUGAUGUGCUGUUCAAGGUCUGGGCCGACAUGAAGAAGAUUGACAAGCUCGAUGAGGUGAAGUCGUACGCCGACCAGACCAAGACCAUCACCGACAAGAUGAAGGAGGUCGACGAUGCGUACAAGACGUAUCGCAAGGACGUACUGGCCGACUUCGCGAAGCUGAAGAAGUCGCAGUAA